GUCAUGUGCAGACAAAGGUCCUCUCCUGCAGAGUGUGUGUGGCAGUCGGUCGGUCAGAGAAAGAGAGGGAGAGCUUGGCGGAGCCGCCGCGCCAGCGCAGAGAGGCACGGAGACACAGCAGAGAGCAUCAAGGCGACUUCAUCCGGAGACGAAUCAAUUGAACAACUUCACAAACAGGGACACGCUGCUGGUGGAGAGAAUAAAAACCAAUAAAGCAUCGGAGGAGGUGUUGCUUUUCUGCACGGACAUAAAAUGAAAGGGUUACCUGGCUGUAUUUUGGAUUUGGAAUCUUUUAUUACACCGCUGCGACUUUGACAUAAGAGUUGCACAGGCUGAGUCUCUAGGAGUUUUCUGUUGGAGGGAUUUCAGGCACCUCGAAUCAAACUUGAGUUGGACAUCCAGGAACCAGUCAGGGAGUAAGCUACCCACCUACUGCUUUCAUUGGAAAGAAAACACAAAAGCACCACUGCCACCAUGGAUGACGAACAGUGCUACUACAACGAGACCAUCGCCUUCUUCUACAACCGCAGCGGCAAGUACCUUGCUACUGACUGGAACACUGUCAGCAGGCUGGUGAUGGGCCUGGGCAUCACCGUGUGCAUCUUCAUCAUGCUCGCCAACCUUCUGGUGAUGAUCGCCAUCUACGUCAACAGGAGAUUCCACUUCCCCAUCUACUACCUGAUGGCCAACCUGGCAGCUGCUGACUUCUUCGCCGGCCUGGCCUACUUCUACUUGAUGUUCAACACGGGACCCAACACGCGGCGCCUCACUGUUUCCACGUGGCUGCUGCGCCAGGGCUUGAUCGACACCAGCCUAACGGCGUCCGUGGCCAACUUGCUGGCCAUCGCCAUCGAGCGCCACAUCACCGUGUUCCGCAUGCAGCUACACACGCGGAUGAGUAACCGGCGUGUGGUGGUGGUGAUUGUCAUAAUCUGGACCAUGUCCAUAGUCAUGGGGGCCAUCCCCAGCGUGGGGUGGAACUGUAUCUGUAGCAUUAAGUCUUGCUCCAACAUGGCACCGCUUUACAGCAACUCCUACCUGGUCUUCUGGGCAGUGUUUAACCUAGUGACUUUUGUCGUCAUGGUGACGCUAUAUGCCCACAUCUUUGUGUAUGUGCGCCAGAGGACCAUGAGGAUGUCGCGGCACAGCUCUGGACCUCGACGCAACCGAGAUACGAUGAUGUCUCUGCUGAAAACCGUGGUGAUUGUACUGGGUGCGUUCAUUGUCUGCUGGACCCCCGGCCUGGUCAUCCUCCUCCUCGACGUCUUCUGUGCCAGCUGCAAUGUCCUCACCUACGAAAAGUUCUUCCUGCUCCUCGCUGAGUUCAACUCGGCCAUGAACCCCAUCAUCUACUCCUACCGCGACAAGGAGAUGAGCGCCACCUUCAGGCAGAUCUUGUGCUGUCAGCGGCAGGAGAACGUCAACGGGACGACGGCAGAGGGGUCUGACCGGUCCGCGUCGUCCAUCAACCACACAGUGCUGAGCAGUGGUAUGCACCACCACCACAACGAACACUCGGUGGUAUAGAGCAGGGCUGGAGAUCAUGGAAACUAAUCCAACUGCUUGAGGGGGUUAAUCUGUUUUGGAGACUGAAAGAAGGUAAACGGCAGCACGGGAAGGUCGAGAAAGACUGCGAACAUGAUGCGAACUUGAGACAGUCACGUGAUAAAUUGGAGAGUGAAGAUUAGGUAGAUGGGGUGGAGCUGAUGAGGCGCUGAAUGAGAUCACAAUGAAGAAGAGAAAGGCAACUAUGAAGAAAGAUGACAAGAGACUUUACCGCUGUGGGAGUCUGAUCUUCGAGGACUCUGAUAGGCUGUUAGUGUUUUUGUUUAGUUGUUUAUUAUUUUCUAUUUGUGUUGUUAUGGACAACGCUGAUAUGAACUAUUUAAAAGUAAUCUGUGAAAUGAAGGUAAUGCCAGUACUCCAGUCUACUCUAACUCUGUAUCCUGUAGUCGUGGGUUUCAGACUUUUCCCCCUUGACCCCCAUUCUUUAGAAAGGUCUCAUUACAUCAUACGCUUAUUGCAUACAGAUAUGACAUCAGAGUUUCCUUCACAUCCAUUUGAGGACCCAUUUUGGGUCUGAAUCCAAAUUUAAAACACAUUUUUUUCAUUAUUGUUUGGGAGUAAAGACAGUAAUUCAAAUGCAGUUUUGUGCUCAUAACAUGUAACUGAAUGUUAUUUCCAGCAGCCUUUCUUAAUAGCAUUUGCAUCUAUUUCCAGGGUUUAACGACUUACCAAAAAACAUUGUUGUACCCAUUAUAUUUAAGUUACCAGAGCCACUAUACAUUUCACAUUCAUCUUUUAACGACACGUGACCUGACAGCCUUAAUCCUCUUGGGACUCAUUAUUCUACUUAUCUUAUUCUCGUAGUUAAAAGCGUUCAGAAAUCUACUUCCUUCUUUUCAUCCAACCCAAAUACAUGAAGGGUCCAAGAUCAGUUGUUUAUUCCCUCUAAGGAAUUAGAGACAAGUUGUUCCAGGGAUCUUACCAAAAACGGGAGGAGGAUGUUUUGUGGUUUUGGAGCAGGCUCUGUGCCACAGUGUUAUGUGGAGACAAGGUGAAGGUCAUUUCUGGUGAGUGUUCACAGACUUCAGAUCAUGACAUGAAAUGUGCUGAGCUGUCGGACUCUCGUGGUUUUAUCAAGUGGCUCUUGAGUCCGUGAGGCUGACUGAGGAAGAGGAGGAGGGGGGUGAGUGAAUGUGAAAGUAUAAUCAGUGUUGAUGUGAAUUUGAGAGAGGUGACGAGGUGGGUCAUUCCGUCUUUUCAGUAUGAACAUGAAGAUAUAAUGUAGUUCACAAAUUCAGUUGGGGCUGCAAACACUGACCUUCAAAUUGCCUUGCAGUCUGUCAAAUAGUUAUAUUUCAGUCGGGACCAAAGAGGUGGACUGAUCCAUAGACUAGUAACAUUGCCAAUACAAAUCCAGUUUGUUAUUGGUCAGCAGUGAAAAAUUGUGUCAGAGUUCAGAGUUUGCUUGGAUUUACUUGGUCUCCACAAGUGUUCCAAUAUUUUUGUCCAAAAUGUGACUUUAGUCCUGCCUACUAAAUUUAACCAAUAAGCUGCACUUCCAGCUGGUGUGGCUGUUAUCAGGCCAUUAAACGGUCAUAAUCAGGGGUUAUAAGCGUCACAGAUAUGAGUUAAAAGGGGCCUCCCACGCCUAUUAUCAAUUCAGGAGGCCAUUACGUUUAUUGUCAGGUGAUGACCUCUUGGCGGCUGUAAUAAUUAUGAUGAGGAAGUCAGGUGACGUAGCGUAAAGACAGAGAAAGUUGGCGUCUGGCAAGAAGGAGUUCAAAAAUUCAAAAUGGACUUAUUUACCAGAGAUGGUUGUGUUCCUAAAGCUAAUCACAUUGUUGUUGCGAAUACACCUAAUAAAAGUGAAAGCAAAACCUAAUGAAACUCCAUUUGUUUCAUAACGUUGGAUAUUAAUGGGCUAAAAACAGCCUUUGAACCCAACAGUAGGUGUGGCAGGCCCGUUAUAACACACAUCCAUGAGGUUACAGACAAUAGAUAACGGCCAUUUAAUGGACUGAUAACAUCUGAAUUGGCUGCCAUUUCAAAUUAGCUUCGAAUAUUGUAAUGAUAUGGUCUUAAAACCCAACAAUCUUAAAGUCCAGUGUGCAUCUUUUAUGGCUGUAUUUAAGAAAAAAUACCAUUUUAGAACAUGCUCAUUGACCUUCUGUGAUAUGCUCAUAAAGUAGUCACAAACACUCUAAGAGGAGUAGAAAAUAUCCUUCAUAUUUACCAGAAACUGAAUGUUAUGUCCACAGUAACAGUAUUACUGGUGAUAUGAAGUAAAACCGAAGUUCAUUGAAAAUCUAUGACGUUUUCGUAAGUCAUAAUAUGAGAUGGUUGGGGUUAUGAUUAUUUUGUAACCAGUCUUUACUUGCAAAUGCUGCAAAACUUCGGACACGUCAGAGCUUUAAAGCUUCCCAGCUGAUUAAGUUGGCACAUAUUACAGAUUGGACUCAUGUCCUGGUCUCAUGUGAAACUUGGUGACAGGCAUAUCAUGGGGUUUCUGAUGUCGAUGAACAUUAAGGAUUUUUGGAAGGCCAUUCUUUUUGAAGGGGAACUGACAACAAUGACGUACCACAGUUUACUCUUCAGGGGAGACACUACAGGUGAGAACUUCAGAAGCAGUAAGAAAAACAGACACACAGCUCACCUUGACAUCUUAGCUUGUCCCUUGUGGUACAAACAUGUUAAUGUUUGCCACAACAUGAAAACGCCCACCUGUACAAUUGUAAGAUUUCUUAAAGAAAUACGCAAUCCAAAAAUCCUGGCACCAGAUUUCCACAUUCGGUGACUACCUUGAGAACAGUUAAAUGCAAAUCUGGACAACAGGACACCUGAGGAGCUCUAAUGAUCUUCACGGCGAAGAAAGUGAGAAUGACAGACGGGAUGCUGCAGGCAUUUAUAAAGGGGGACAGGCUGGCCUGUGCAACUCACGUGGAGCUUCCAUAAUCUGUCAUGCCUGAAGGCACCUCCCAUAGUGAGAUACCUCACUCGGUUAUCAGAGAACCGGGGUUAUCUUGGUAACCCAAAGUUUUACCCUUUUCAUCUGUAGUGUCUUACUUUUGGUCUAAAAAUGUAGGCUAUGGAAUUUUACAAUACAUAUCUUUAAACCUUAUAACAUACAAGCCAAAAAUCUCCAUUUAAAUAGCACUUACAUAGACCAAACUAUCCAGAUUUAAUCUUGUACUCUGAAGGUUUUUACAGAGGGGUCUGUUCACAAAAUCAAACAAGAAUUUUAAACCAUGUUUAGAUUUCUGUUCUGGAAAUGUAUGCGGAUAAGCACAUAUUUAAUUUGAUAAUGAAUCUUUUGCAUAUUUAUAUAACAUCUCACAGAACUUGUACUAUGUGAAAUAUUAGUUUUAAUGUUAUUAAUCUCCUGGGGAAGUUUCAUUUUGAUAUCUAUUAGUUAAGACCUGUAAUGUCUCCCCUUUUGAUAAUACUACAAAGUCAAACAGAGUUGAGCCACUGCAGUGUUGAAUGGCGAUAUCUCAUUUCCACAAGUGCACUCCCCACCCUCUGCUAUUAACUUGAGACUCGACUGAAAGUCAGCCUGGCUCCGAUGCUAUGACGUACGUCGUUAAAAAGCACCAGCUGAACGUUGUGUCGUGACUUGAAUCAAAACACAUUUGGGCCAAAAUACAUAGACAAAGCUCCAAACAGCUGACAGAAACGUGAGAGCCGUGGCCAAAAACACAGUCAAAUGUUUUCCAGGAAGCAAGAUGUUUGUCAGGGAUUUAGGCUGCAGUGAAAUGAAGUCAGCUGGUAUUUUUGCCUGUCGAAGUUGGCCAAGAUGUCGCCCUGUUAUGAGGCAGUGUAGGUUUUUUUAAUCUCUAGUUUGGAUUUUCUUUUCAGCGUACCCUAGCUGUUGAGCGUUCAGAGUGAGUUUCUUAUCGUCUUCGUCCCCAGCUACAUUUUCCUUAUUGUUUUUGGCCUUUAAAUCUCCAAUCUUCCUCCUAACUUAAUUCCUCAAGUUUCGUCUUCGAGUUUAUCCACCCUUCACUUCUGUUAACUUCACAACAGGCCUCACAACACUUCCACUGGCCAAACCUUGUCUCUCUACGGCUCUGGACCCAACCCUCCAUACCCGACAUUCACUGUAACCAUUUCUCUUACACAGUAUUGAUUCAGGUUAUAUAGCAAACCAACUAAACUGUCUGUCUCUGUUUGUCUCUGUUUACCAGUGUGUCACUCUUUGUACACCAUUGUAAGUAUAUGUGUACAGUAUGUGUGUAUAUAAAAAUAUAUUAUUCAAAGUUAAUCACCAAAGGGAAAGUGUUUUUUGUGUUUGUAAAUUUAAGUGUGUUAUAAUCUGUCCAAAUGUACUGUAGGAUUUUGUUUAUUUUGUUUUUAUGUCGUGAGCUCUUUUAUAUUGUGAUCCUAACUGAUGAGUUUCCUGUAGAUACUAUUACAGUUAUUAACUUGUUUGUGACCCAGAACUAGAUAUCUAUGUGUGCGGUGCCUUCCAGUCCUCGUCCUGUAAAGAGUAAACCUAACACCAGGUUGUAACGCAGUGUUUUACCACCCUCUCUGGUUGAAAAUGUGCCUUGUUGCACCUGUAGCCACACCCAGCAGUGAUGUCACAGUGUCUUGGAGUUCACUGUGACAUCACUGCGGCAAAGUGAGAAGCUUAACCAAUGGAGGCGGGUGAAAACGAGAUCAUCAGGUGGUGUUUUCCUUCUCUUUAAGUGUGUGUGUGUUGCUAACACCGUCGUUUUAUAAUUGCCUUAAAGUACAACAAGAAUUAUUGUCAGUGUUAGAGCGAUAUUUCACGUUUGCAGAAAGUUUGAUGCUUGAUUUUUGUUAAUAACAACACAUCCUCAAAAACUGCUAAAUGAAGUCAAACUCAUAAAUACAGAUUGUAUAUUUUGAUUCUGUUUGUAGUAUGAGUUUGUAAAAAUAUAAAACUCUUGUUCCAGCUGAAAAUAUUUGAUCGAUGUUUCAACUUUUUGGGGGCGGGGUCAAAACAAGUUCAAAUCAUCUGAUUUGGGGGCACUAAUUGAAAUUUAAUGUAAUCUAUUUUUAUUUGUCUUUUUGUUCAACAAGGAGACAAAAUUCAUUCUUAUGGGCAACACACACUGGCAUAUGAAGCAUGCGUCAGUCUGUGAUUAUUCAUGCCAGGAUACGCCACUGGCCUUCCUCUCAUUUUCAACACAUUUCUCAUAUUAGCACGGCUAUUGUACUCUGACUACUACUUCAUUUGUUUGUACAACCCCAUCACCAGAAAAAUGUUGGUAUUGUAUGUUUCUGCAAAUGUGUUAAAUUGGCAUGUUAACUUGAAACUGUGGUUCGGCUUAGGCACAGAAACCAUUUGUGGUGGUUUGGAAAAGAUCACGUUUUGGCUUAAAAUACAGGGUUUACAAUCCUAAAAACACAGCAAUGUCUAGGUAAAAAAGUUUGGUGCCGUAAAAGCCACUGGAAACCUAGCAAAGACUCAAUAAAAGACAACCGGUUUCGUUGGUUUCAAACAGUGGUUUGCCAUAGUCAGAUACCGAGGCCAAAAGCCACCUUUCGUGGUUGUAUGAUUCGUCACUGGGCAGUGUCAGUUUGUUACGCAGAUGGAUGGAACUUCUCGUGGUGUUAUGAUAUGCUGCUAGCUGGCCAGAUGACACCUGUUGCAGCAGUAUAAUAUGCCACAGGACAGCGUCAGUUUGACACGCUGAUGAAAUAUAAGGACCUGGAAAUUCCCUAUAGGGAAGGGGUGGGGUGGUAGAUGGGUCCAACAAACCCUGGACUUUCACCUGGGAGCCCGGUGUUCGCUUCCUGUAUGAAUGUAGAGCCAAACCAUGAUGUAUUUCUUUAUAUCUAACCAUGUGCUUUGGAUGAUGCCCUGAUGUUGUUAGCAGUGUUCCGAAACAUCAACAGCAGACGCAGGAGGACACCUAGCACAUAAUAUGUGGAUGUAAAAGUCCAAUGACAAAAUGGUGAUAUGUGACGACUUGGGAUGAGAACGUGUUGGCUUGGCAGGUGUUUCUCGCCAAGGUGUCACCAAGUCUACCAUUCCCUUCACCUACUAAUGAAAGUCAGCCAUGUACUAUGUCACUUCAAAAAUAUUGAUAUUUUAAGUAUCAAAAUUGCAAAUGUAGCAUGUUUGCUUUUUGCAGAAAUGUACAAUGCCAACAUUUUCUUUCUGCGACUGGUCUGACUGGUGCAUCCAGUGUUUGCUAUGGCCAGUGUGUGUUGCCUUAAGAAAUGUCAUUUUAAUACCAAAAACCAUUCAUCCCAUGUGUAUGCUUACACAGAAUGAUGAUAUGUACAUUAUCAGGAGCAAUGACUGAUCUUCCAAACUGCAGGUCUGGAACAUUUUGUUCUUCCAAAGUCAAACGUUGCUUUAAAGUGUUUUUGAACAUUUGUCACCAAGCCUCAGAUUUAACAAACCAAGUACCAGUAGUUUGUAGAAAGUAAGUGUGACACAGGCGUUAAUGUGAUUUCCAUACUCUCUAUACUGUACGGGCCAAUAUCAAUGAAUGUCCACCCUGAGUCAUAGUGUUGAUAUCCAGCAACAAUAAAAACAUGAGAAAAGUCUGAA